AUGGAUGGCACAGACGCGAAUGAAGUAGUCCUCAUUCGGGAAAGCGGAUUUGGUCUCCUCUUGACGGCCACGUACAUCGGGUUCAAGCCGAAGAAGGACAGCCGUGGCAGGAAGAUCAAAGGACCUACGCGCGCGGAAACGAGUGUGGCGAAGUCGAUCGAUUCAAUCCUGGAAUGUGAUGAAGAUGGAAGCCCCCAAGAGGAUGGCUAUGGAUUCGCGUGGCGCAUCGUGCCAGAUCUCGAGCUGGGCGAGAUUCAGGAUGGCUUCAAGUCCGCCGAGACCGAUGAGACCGACGAUUGCGAUACGUCCGACAAGUCCGCCUUGUCAGACGGGUGCUCCGAGUCCGACGAGCCCGCUGAGCCCGCUAAGCGUGUUAAGCCCGCUGAGUCUGACGAUUCCUUCGAUUACGACGAUUCCGACGGGUCCGACGAGUAG